AUGGACAUGAUUCUCAAGGGUUGUAAGAUUCACACUUCGGUUAGAAAGACUCUUAUAUACCGAUUUCAAUCUUUGCUAAGUGAAGGAUGUGUAUAUCAGAUUUCGUUUUUUAGUGUUGGUGAAAGCGGUCAUGAUUUACAUCCAACCUCACAUCCAUUCAAGAUCAACCUUCAUAUGGAUACUUUUGUGCGAUUGGUUCCCAACAAGGCUAUCAACUUAAGCCCUUACAAUUUUGUGCCACUCUCUGAUAUAAUGUUUAAGGACAUUGAUACAUGUGAUUGGAAUUCUCACCGGUGCAACUGGGUUCGGGUUGAAUGCACCUUUUUUGGCAAGUAUGUUGCUGAAGUCGUAGGUUAUCUUGCAUCGGGAGAUGCAACAAAUGUUGUUGUGGUAAGACAAGUCUCCAAAAUGUUUAUGGGGCUACAAGGGUUCUUUUUAAUCCUCUCACGCAAGAAGCUGCCCCUUUCUGAGCUCGCCCGCUGCAGGACUCGGCAAAAAAAAUCUACCCCUGAAGAUGAUUUCCUAAAACAUAGUGAUGAAAAAACCAUUGAGCAACUCAAAGAUCUUGCUGAGUAUAUUGCCGAGGGUAUGGAUUGGUGUUACCCUGCGUGCAAAUGUAGCAAGAAGGAGGCUACUGCGCUUCUAGGCAAAUCCUGUGCAGAUCUGCUUGAAACUAUUGGUUCUGAUCCUUGA